GAUUUGGGUGAAAAUGAAGUCUGAUGUUUCAUUGCACAGUACAGUCUUGUUUUGAAAAUGUCUCGUGUUGAAGCUAAAAAGCCUUCAUUAUAUAUUAGUGAACCUCUAUCUGAAGAUUUAGUUCAUCGGUCACUGUCUGUGCUAAGUGGUGUUUUGAAAUCUUGCUAUGGCCCUGCUGGUAGGCUCAAACAGCUCCACAAUGGCAUGGGAGGCUACGUUUGUACAACCUCACAAUCUUCAGCUGUGCUCCGUUGUAUUUCUGUCAGUCAUCCUGUGUUAAGGGUUUUGACAGCCUCUGUACAGAAUCAUGUAUCCCGCUUCAGUGACUGUGGCUUAUUUACUGCCAUUCUUUGCUGUAGCUUGAUUGAAAACUUUAAAAGGACCAACAUUUUGCCUUGUACUGUUAUUAAAAUAAGCAAGUAUCUUUUGAGCUUAUGUACUGACUACCUCCAGUCUGAGGCCUGUGCUUGUCGAGUACCUGUAGAUUUUAGCAAUCUCGAGACUCUCUUUUGUUUGGUACGUAGCGUAUUAACAAGCAAACCUGCUUGCAUGCUUAGAAAAAUGGAGGUUGACCAUCUCACUAGACUGACUGUAAAGGCUUUUUUGCUUACUGUUCCAUGUCAUGUUGAAAUGAGUGCUGUUUUAGGAAAGUGUGUAAUAGUGCCCAUGAAAGGUAGAAGAGUUGUGGAUUCUACAGUUUUUCCUGGACUAUUGCUGGAAACAACAGAAAAUCAAUUUCCGAAACCACUGUCUAUCAAAAGAACUUCUUCAGACAUGAUCAAGGUAGCACUUUUUUGUGUGUCUAUGUCAGGAGACCUUUCCAACCUUGAUGAAGGAAGCAUAACAGUCCAUCAUGGAAUUUGUCUAGAAAUGUCAGAACUGGAUCAGUUAUUUAAUGUAGGAAAGCAGCUGGUUAAUGAUGGGAUUGGCCUUGUAGCGUGCCAGAAAGUUAUCCAUCCAUCCUUAAAACAGUAUCUGAAAGAGAAUCAUAUUGUGGCUGUAGACAGAGUUGGACUACCUAUGAUGGAGCCCCUGAGUAAAAUGACAGGUUCAGUGCCUAUAGCUUCCAUACAUUCUUUCUCUCCCAGUUGCUAUGGCAAUUUGAAGGAUGUGUGUACUGUGAGUUUUGCUCCAAAACAUUUUGUGCAUCUAAUUCCUAAUGACACACUUAUCUGCAGUUUGAUGCUCUGCAACAGAAAUGAAACCACAUGGGAUGAAUUGAAGCGUGCUUAUGAAACUGCAGAGCAUGUGUUACAGCUGACAAUCAAGGAACCUUUGGCACUGUUGGGUGGUGGCUGUUCAGAAACUCACUUGGCUUCGUAUAUAAGACACAAGAGUCACGAUCUGCCAGCUAGCAGUUUUAAAGCUAUAGAUUGUUCUCGGACACAAUUCCAAUUGGUUGCUGAUGCCUUUUGCCGCUCACUGGAAUCUGUAGCUUGCUCUCUAAAUCAUGAUGAUGGAGACAUUUUUACAGACAUGGUUUAUGGACACUGUUGGCUUGUUCCGUCAGGUUUCUCCUUUGUUUCUAACUGGUCAGAUUUAGUUUCAAAAUGUGGUUGUGGGAUUAACGAUAACACUCAGAAUCUCAAUUGGAGGGUUUUGCAAAGCCAGUUUAGCUCUCCUGUUCUGCAGAGCUGCCCCAAAGAGCCUCCAGUAAAAGUUGCUGACUUUCUUACACUGGACUGUUUUGCUGCAAAAUGUAGUGGCUUACAAGUAGCUGUGGAGACAGCCAAUCUGAUUUUAGAUAUCUCAUGCAUAAUUGAAGACCAAAAUUAGUUCUGUUCUUACGUGAUUUGUAUGGCACAGCAAACUACUUACUUGAA